UCUUCAUCUCGUUCAAGAUGCUGUUUGCGUUUGUGCCUACGACAAUUGUGUCAAGGCCGAUUGAGCACAUGUUUAGCAAGAUCAUUGCCGAGCCGGUUUCGCGGAUCCCCAUUUAUAUCAAGUAUACUGUCGGUGUGGUUGUGCUGUUCGCUAUCGUCCUCGGCGUUUCUCUGGGUACGAAAGUAUCGGAGCAGGGCAGCAAGCUGCAGCGCAUGCAGUCGCUGCUGGGCGUUCUUGUGUACACUGCCAUUCUGGCCGCCACAUCCAAGCACCCUAAGCAUAUCCCGUGGCAUACAGUCAUCAUUGGCUUUCUGGUCCAGUUCUGCAUUGGAUGCAUUGUGAUCAAGACUGGCUGGGGCCACGACCUGUUCAGCUGGCUCGCCCAGAUGGCCAGCAGCCUGCUCGAGUUUUCGCGGUACGGUGCGAUAUUCCUGCUCAACAAGCAUAUUGUUGAAUUUGGCACAUUCGCAGUUUCGGUGUUCCCUGCGGUUAUCUUCUUUGCUGCGUUCGUGCAGAUGGUCUACUAUCUGGGAGGCAUGCAGUGGCUGCUCAAGAAGCUCGGGUGGAUCUUCUACACGAUCAUGGACACCUCUGGCGUCGAAUCGAUUGUCGCCGCUGCCUCGCCAUUUAUCGGCCAGAACGAGAACGUGCUUUUGGUCAAGGACUACUUUGAGUCGAUGACCAAUUCCGAGAUUCACGCGUGCAUGACAGCUGGCUUCGCCACCAUUUCCGGCUCGACGCUGCAAGGAUACAUUGCGCUGGGCGUUGAUGCCAAGAACAUCAUCACCUCGUGCAUCAUGUCUAUCCCGUGCUCGCUAGCGCUGAGCAAGCUCCGGUAUCCCGAGACUGAGGUUCCGCUGACAAAGGGCAAGAUGGUCGAGCCGCCCAAGCGCACAGACGAGGCGAACAUCCUGCAUGCACUGGCCAAUGGCGCAGCGAUCGGCGUCAACAUCUCGCUCCUGGUAGCAGCCAACCUCAUUGCUGUCGUGUCGAUGGUCAAGCUGAUCAACUUCUUCCUGACGUGGUUUGGCCAGUUCAUCUCCAUCAACGCGCUAACUCUGGAGCUGAUUCUGGGCUACAUCUUCUACCCGUUCACGUGGCUCCUGGGUGUGCCCGGCCGGGAUAUCCUGAAGGUGUCGCAGCUCAUUGGCCUCAAGGUCAUCUCGAACGAGUUUGUUGCUUUCCAGAAGCUCCAAGGACAGGACGAAAAGGGGAUCUAUUACACUGAGGACAUGUCUCAUCGCGCCACCACUAUUGCGCAGUUUGCGCUGUGCGGCUUCGGAAACCUCGGCAGUAUCGCCAUCCAGAUUGGCUCCCUCGGAAGCCUGGCGCCAUCGCGCAAGGCCGAUAUCUCGCGCCUGGCCCUCAGCGCGUGCAUCACUGGCGUGUGUGCGACACUGAUGACCUCAGCCAUCAUUGCCAUGGUUAUGUAGAUGCGACAUUUUGCUUUGUUAUUUCUUUC